GGACGCGGCUCCCCCGGGCACCGGCAGCGCCGCCGGCCUCUCCCUGCCGCCCGGCCCCGCUGCCGCUGGCGGCGGAGCCGGGGACCGGCAGACGCCCAAGGACAAAUGGAGCAACUUCGACCCCACGGGCCUGGAGCGCGCGGCCAAGGCGGCGCGGGAGCUGGACGCGUCCCGCCAUGCCAAAGAUGCUCUGAGCCUGGCCCAGAUGCAGGAGCAGACCUUGCAGCUGGAGCAGCAAACCAAACUCAAGGAGUACGAGGCUGCCAUAGAACAGCUGAAGAAUGAACAGAUCCGGGUGCAGGCAGAAGAGAGGAGGAAAACCCUCAGUGAAGAAACCAAGCAGCACCAAGCAAGAGCCCAGUACCAGGACAAGCUGGCACGGCAGCGCUACGACGAGCAGAUGCGGCAGCAGCAACUUGCCAAUGAGGAAAAUCUGAGGAAGCAGGAGGAAUCUGUGCAGAAGCAGGAGGCCAUGAGGCGAGCUACCGUGGAGAGGGAGAUGGAGCUGCGGCACAAGAACGAGAUGCUGCGGGUGGAGGCGGAGGCGCGGGCGCGCGCCAAGGCCGAGCGCGAGAACGCCGACAUCAUCCGCGAGCAGAUCCGCCUCAAGGCCGCCGAGCACCGCCAGACCGUGCUCGAGUCGCUGCGGACAGCUGGGAUGCUCUUUGGGGAAGGAUUCCGUGCUUUUGUGACAGACUGGGACAAAGUCACAGCCACGGUGGCAGGUCUCACCCUGCUGGCAGUGGGGGUUUAUUCUGCCAAAAAUGCCACGGCUGUAGCAGGGCGUUACAUAGAGGCAAGGCUGGGCAAACCCUCCCUGGUGAGGGAAACCUCCAGGAUCACGGUGCUGGAGGCUCUGAAACAUCCCAUCAAGGUUGGUAAACGUCUCACCAGCAAGGCUCAGGAUGCCCUUGAAGGAGUUGUUCUCAGUCCCCAGCUGGAAGCACGUGUGAGAGACAUUGCCAUAGCAACAAGAAACACAAAAAAGAACAAAAGCCUCUACAGGAACAUUCUGAUGUACGGGCCCCCUGGCACUGGGAAAACUCUUUUUGCCAAGAAAUUGGCUGUGCACUCAGGCAUGGAUUAUGCCAUCAUGACAGGAGGGGACGUGGCCCCCAUGGGCAGGGAAGGGGUCACAGCCAUGCACAAACUCUUUGACUGGGCCAACACCAGUAGAAGAGGAAGAAGCAAAGACUCCCCAGGCCUGCCUUCCCCUGUCCUGUUACUGUGGCUGCUUUCCUUUUGCAGCCUCCUGCUCUUCGUGGACGAGGCAGAUGCAUUCCUGAGGAAAAGGGCCACAGAGAAAAUCAGUGAAGAUCUCAGAGCAACUUUAAAUGCAUUUCUGCACAGAACAGGGCAGCACAGCAACAAGUUUAUGCUUGUUUUAGCAAGCAACCAGCCUGAGCAGUUUGACUGGGCCAUCAACGACAGGAUAGAUGAGAUGGUGAACUUUGAGCUGCCCCAGCUGGAGGAGCGCGAGCGCCUGGUCAGGAUGUACUUCGACCAGCACGUCCUGAAGCCAGCCACAGAGGGCAAACAGAGGUUGAAGCUGGCCCAGUUUGAUUAUGGCAAGAAGUGCUCAGAGAUUGCCAGGCUGACCGAGGGCAUGUCGGGCCGGGAGAUCUCCCAGCUUGCUGUGGCGUGGCAGGCAGCAGCCUACGCCUCGGAGGACGGCGUGCUGACCGAGGCCAUGAUGGACGCGCGCGUGGCCGACGCCGUGCGCCAGCACCGCCAGAAGAUGGAGUGGCUCAAAACAGAAGGUGCUGAAGGCAGCAGAGAGACUGCCAGGAGCCCCCUGCUGCCUUCCCCCGAGGGGACACCAGUGUGAGAGAGUCACCUGAGCAGAGGGAAAGGGAAAGGUUUGGUGGAGUGACCCGUGGGGAGCAGCCCUGGGUGCUGCUGCCUCGGCCUGCGGGGUGUCGUGGUUUGAAGUGCACCAGAAAAUAAAAAAAAGGGUUCAAUAAGGCACAAAUAGCUGGAUUUAUUAAAGGACCCCUUGGUGAAACACCA